GGGUGGGAAAAAGAGGGCCAGGUGCAGCUCUCCUCUCGGCCCGAACCGAGGAAUGAGUCUGGAGAACCAGGAUCCCCUGUGUGCCUGUGCGCCCUCCUCUUCACGGGGUCUGGAGAGGCCGCCUCAGGAGUCGUGAGGAAGGAAGUUACCUUGCCUGGGGCACGUCAGAGCCGUGAGUCCUGGUUGUCCGUUCAGCCACUGAAAGUCUCGAAAGGAUGAGCGCCUUGACGUGAACAUGUCAGAGCGGGAGCUGUGCUGGGAGGGGAGGUCAGGGCUGCACCUGCCAUGAUCCAGGAGCCUGAGCCUCGGGUUCCUGGACAGGGUCCUCCUGCUCAGAAGGCCCACGUCAGCCUGGGAACUGGCAGGAUGGACGCCAGGCAUUUGGCCAUACAAAUGAUUUUCUUCUUACAAAUUGUGCUCGGGCUUCUGGGGAACCUCUCUCUCCUUUCCCAUCACCUCUUUGUCUCUCUCACUGGCUGUCGGCCGAGGGCCACCGAUUUCAUUGUCAAGAACCUGAUUGUGGCCAAUUUCCUGGUCCUCAUGUCGAGUGGAAUCUGCUAUCCAGUGACGUUCUUUGGGGAGAUCCCCAUCCUCAACGAUUUUGGAUGCAGAUUUUGCCAUUAUGCGCGACAGGUGGGCAGGGGCAUGUCCAUCAGCACCACCUGCCUCCUGAGUGUGGUCCAGGCCGUCACCAUCAGCCCCUGGCGCUGCAGGGGGGCAGGACUGAGAGGGAAACCUCCCAAGUGCCUCCUGCCCUGCAUUGCCCUGUGCUGGGUCCUGAACCUGCUGGUAAAUUCCAUCUUUGCCGUGUUCAUGACUAGCAAUUUCAGUGACAAAAAUGACACAAGCAGGAAAAUGUUUGGGCAGUGUUCCUCUGUUCGUCAUGACCCAGCCAGUGACAUCUUAUACGGGACUUUGCUCUCCUUCCCUGAGGGUGUGUUUUUUGUGACCAUGGUCGGGGCCAGCGGCUCCAUGGUCUACACCCUGUCCCGGCACAGGCAGCGGGUCCGGCACCUUCACGGGUUCGCCUCCUCCACGUCCUCCCCCGAGUCUAGGGCCACUCACACCAUCUUGAUCCUGGUCAGCACCUUCAUCUGCUUUAACAUCAUUUCCUCCAUGCUGAAGAUGCUUGUGGCUGUUAUGUAUAAUCCCGACUGGUUCCUUGUGAACAUCAAUCCAGUAAUCACACUGUGUUUCCCGACUCUCUGUCCUUUUCUGCUGUUGAGCCAGGAAUACAAGGUGUCCCUGCCGUGCUCUGCCCGGAUGAGGAAUAGUAAAUGCCACAAACCCUUGAGAAACAUGUAAACCGCGUGUGAGUGCACGGUCAUUCAUUCAUUCGAUAAUUCACUCAACAUCCCCAGUGCUAACUGCAGUCGUGUGUGAUUUGUGGUUUAUGGAGAAGAUGAGGAACCUCUUUAGAGCAAGUGUUUUUGGAUCAGUCACUGUAACGAGGUCUGUACGGGGGUCC